UUGAACCUAUAAAUUUGAGAAAGCACAACUUCAGAUUUCAUCUGUUUUUAUUUUAAUACAAAACCCCAAAAAUCACCGACACACACAACCCAGGACCCAGCUUCCCCUCUCUCUCCACACUCUGCUCUCUUGCUCUCUCAACCAGUUGCGUUUCUCUCCAGAUAUUCUCUUCUCUGCCAUAGCUCACCCCAUCAACGGCCGGCCCACCGGCGACGACCACUCAACCCAGACUUACAGAUUCCAGUAGGGUGAGUGACUUAAAUCUGCAUCUUCUACAUCUGCCAAUGGAUCUGAACUCCAUUCUCAACGCCCUAGUUCCUUCGUGGAACUCGGUUGUUACAGUAUUGUCAUUCUGUAUCUACUUGGCAAUUGCUGGAUCUAUUCUACCUGGAAAGGCUGUUCCGGGAGUGACCUUAUCAGACGGGUCUCGACUCCAUUAUCACUGCAAUGGUUUGUUAUCGCUUCUUUUGCUGGUUGUGCUACUCGGCAUUGGGGUUCGGAUGGAUUUCGUAUCACCCACUGUGAUAUCUGACCGAGGACUUGAGCUCUUGUCAACAACUUUCAUAUUCAGCUUUCUUGUGACAUUGGUUCUUUAUGUUGCUGGUAAAAAAUCACAUGAUCCGAGUUCAUCUUUGAAGCCUCAUUUCACAGGAAAUCUAAUCCAUGACUGGUGGUUUGGGAUACAGCUGAAUCCUCAAUUCAUGGGCAUUGACCUCAAAUUCUUCUUCGUUAGAGCUGGAAUGAUGGGAUGGCUACUUAUCAAUCUUUCAGUGCUUGCAAGAUGUAUCCAAGAGGCCAACUUAAGCCAAUCAAUGAUCCUAUACCAGCUUUUCUGCAUGUUAUAUAUACUGGACUACUUCUAUUAUGAGGCAUACAUGACAUCCACAUGGGACAUAAUUGCUGAAAAAUUGGGAUUCAUGCUGGUAUUUGGAGAUCUAGUGUGGAUUCCUUUCGCCUUUAGUAUUCAGGGUUGGUGGCUUUUGAGUAACCAGGUAGAGCUAACAACAGCCGCUGUUAUUGCAAAUUGCAUUGUAUUUUUGAUAGGGUAUAAGGUAUUUAGAGGAGCUAACAAGCAGAAGCAUGUGUUCAAAAAGAACCCCAAAGCACCAAUAUGGGGUAGGCCUCCCAAAGUUAUUGGGGGGAAAUUGCUUGCUUCUGGUUAUUGGGGCAUUGCAAGACACUCUAAUUACCUUGGGGAUUUGUUAAUAGCGUUGUCCUUUAGUUUACCUUGUGGGAUAAGGUAAUAUCAUGUGCUCUAUUUUUAAUCCUGAUACAGUUUUUGACAUGGGUUUUUGAAUUUGAAAUAAUUUUCAACUUUGUAGUUCCCCUGUUCCAUACUUCUACCCGAUAUAUCUUCUUAUAUUAUUGAUAUGGAGAGAAAGAAGAGAUGAAAUCCGGUGUGCAGAGAAGUACAGAGAAGUGUGGGCAGAAUACUGUAAACUUGUUCCGUGGAGGAUAUUGCCAUAUGUUUAUUAGCAUUAAGCACCUGUAUUCUUUUAAUGUUGUCAAGUGUUGGUGGUUACAGAAUAUUCGGUUGGCGUGUAUGUUGGUAGACAGAUACUAGGUUCUGGAUGAGAACUGUAGCUACCAAAGAAUUUUGUAUUCAACCAUUUACAAUAUAUGCUGGUGUACUGUUAUGAUGGAAUUUUCCAAACUUAAAACAAAAAAUUUCUUUUUCAUUUGGGUUGGUUAGUUCUGAGUUAAAACAUUCAGUCUAUGGGCUGGCUUAGGCCCACACUAUAUAAUUAUAUUGUAUUUUUGUUGUGCA